GAUCACUGACUGACUUUACUAUCUAAAACCAGCAUCCGGGAAAGAAAAACACACAUACACAUAGGGAGAGGCGUUAAAAGAUUGGAAAUAAAAUAAAUUAGAAAAAAUGGCAAAGCUGUUUUUAAACCAAGCGAAAGAAUACGUCAAGACACGUCCAGGUUAUCCACAACAGCUGUUUGAUUUCAUCUCCUCAAAAACGCCAUGCCACGAUCUCGUUUGGGAUGUCGGAACCGGCAGUGGUCAGGCUGCUAUCUCUCUUGCCAGCAUAUACAAGAGUGUGAUUGGAACAGAUACCAGUAGCAAACAAAUAGAAUUUGCUCCUAAGCUCCCAAAUGUCCAUUACAAAUGUACUUCUGCCAAUAUGUCCAUUUCUGAACUAGAAGAGAAGAUUGGAAUAGAGUCCAGUGUUGAUCUAGUCACAGUAGCUCAAGCUCUCCAUUGGUUUGCUAAUGAUAGUUUUUUUGAUCAAGUCAAAAGGGUACUCAAGAAACCAAAUGGUGUAAUCGCGGCAUGGUGUUACACUACUCCAGUGAUUGAUGAUCUAUUCGACCCCGUGUUUAAUAGGUUUUACGCGGAAUCACAACCUUAUUGGGAUUCGUUACGUGGAUUGGUAGAUGACAAGUAUAAGACUCUCAAGUUUCCUUUUGAGCCCGUGGAUGGAUGUGAUGACACCGGCCCGUUUGAAUUUAAAACCGUGCAGUUGAUGAGUUUGGAUGACUUCUUUACGUACAUUAAGUCAUGGUCGGGUUACCAGACCGCAAAAGAAAAGGGUGUCGAGUUACUUAACAGUGAUGUGGUUGAGGAAUUCACGAAAGCUUGGAAUGAAGAAGGGAAUGGACAGAAAAGUGUUACCUAUCCGGUUUAUCUAAGGAUUGGUAAAGCAUAGGAUUCUGUUUAAACGCCCCAUUUUAAGUAAUAAAGUUCAUUUGGCAUAUUGGAUUGUUAUAUUUCAUAAUUAAACAUCAGAUUGUGAAGUAUUUUCUCAUGGAUGUAACAUAAAUAUUGUAGCCUGUUUUUCAAAGUUGUAUAAUAAUGACAAAAUGUCAUGCUCUGACCAUAAUAUUCAUAAUCUAAGAUUACAACUUAUUUGUUUUUUAAA